AUGACCUCACUCGUGAAUUCUCUCGCUGUGCCUUCCAGCUACCGCGACCAAUUAUACCAGGGAACUUCCAAUCAAUUUGUCGACGAUCUCUCCAGCACCACCACCCUCUACGUCGGCAAUCUCUCAUUUUAUACAACGGAAGAACAAAUCUACGAAUUAUUUUCGAAAUGCGGCGAAAUUAAACGUAUCAUUAUGGGCUUAGAUCGUAAUCAAAAGACCCCAUGUGGGUUCUGCUUUGUCGAAUACUAUCAUCGAAGUGAUGCGCUGGAUUGCAUGAAAUACGCCAAUGGUACAAAGCUCGACGAUCGUGUCAUUCGUUGUGAUUUAGAUCCAGGUUUCAAAGAGGGACGUCAAUACGGUCGCGGACGUAGCGGUGGGCAAGUACGUGACGAGUAUCGCAUGGAAUAUGACGCUGGACGUGGCGGUUGGGGCCAUCGUAUGCGCAUGCAACUUGAACAAGACAGAGCAAGAAAUAUUAAAGAGAACUAUGAAGCCAUCAAAGAGAUUCCCAAAGGUGCUGACGAAUAUAAGAACCGUGUGGGAACGAGCGCUGGUAAUAGAAAGCGGGAUCGUGGACAAGAGGACUCUGCAGAGGAUAUGGACAGAAAGCGUCAAAAGGAACAGAAUCCCCGCUUCAGAGAACAUGAUGAAGAUGAAGAAGAAGAAGAUAGUUAA